GCGAGCGGCGGGCGGCAGGAGGCCGGAGCGGUAGCGGCGGCGGCGGUGCUGACACCGCAGCCUCCGGCUCGAGUCCCGGCGGCGGCAGCAGCAGGGAGCGCCCGCCCGCCGCGCAUCGCACCUCGGCCCCGCCAAUCCGCAGUCGUAGCGCCGGGGCACCGCCAGCCAUGGCCGCGCCGCCGGUUCCCCAAGACGAGCUGCUGCCGCCGGCUGGCCCCGGGUCCCGAUGGCUCGGGGGCCGGGAAGAGGGAGAGGACGGAACGGUGACACCGAAAGGGGCCAAGCCGGCGCCGCAGACGGGGGAGCCCAGCCGGGGCUUGGGUGCCUGGGCCGGGGAAGCGGCGUCGCGGGACCAGUGCUCGGGCCCCGCCCGGCCGCCGCCCGUUGCUAUGGAAACUGCCUCCACAGGUGCGGCUGAGGUCACCUUUUCAACAGCAUCAAAAGAUGGGGAAGGAUCGUGUUACACGUCUCUUAUUUCCGACACCUGUUACCCACCUAAGGAGGAGUCUACAUAUUUCACUGGAAUUCUUCAGAAGGAAAAUGGCCAGGCCACCACUUCUGAGAGCCCUGAGGAGUUGAGUACCCCUGGACCCUCCUUACCAGAUGUGCCUGGGACAGAGCUUCAUGGCUUAUUCAGUUCUGAUUCUGGAAUUGAGAUGACUCCUGCAGAGUCCACUGAAGUGAACAAGAUCUUAGCAGACCCCCUGGACCAGAUGAAAGCAGAAGCCUGUAAAUACAUUGACAUAACUAGGCCAGAGGAGGUGAAAUAUCAGGAAAAACAUCAUCCCAAGUUGGAAGAGAAGGACUCGGACUUUAAGAAUAAAGACUCUGAAAUCUCAACAAAACCGAAAGAGGUCUGUGAACCAGAGAAACCAAUUCCUGUGGAGGGAAAAAUCCUCAAGGACCACUUAUUUGAAGAGUCAACAUUUGCACCUUACAUAGAUGAUCUCUCUGAAGAACAGCACAGUGCUCCUCUGAUCGCUGCCCCUGUCAAAAUCACGCUGACUGAGGUCGAGCCUUCUGUUGAAACUGCUACCCAGGAAAAGACCCCUGAAAAGCAAGAUGUCUGUCUGAAACCAAGUCCUGACACAGUCCCCACAGUCACUGUCUCAGAGCCUGAAGAUGACAGCCCAGGGUCCAUUACUCCCCCGUCUUCAGGAACAGAACCAUCUGCCGCCGAAUCCCAGGGCAAAUGCAGCAUCUCCGAGGAUGAGCUGAUCACUGCAAUUAAAGAAGCAAAGGGGUUAUCCUAUGAAACCACGGGGAGCCCACGGCCUGCGUGCCAGGUGGCUGACAGGUCCGAGGCCAAGGCCAGGGCUGGGCUGCCGACCAUCCCCAGCCCCCUGGACCAUGAGGCCAGCAGCGCGGAGUCAGGGGACUCGGAGAUCGAGCUGGUGUCCGAGGACCCGCUGGCCGCUGAGGACGCGCUGCCCUCGGGCUAUGUGACCUUCGGCCACGUGGGUGGCCCGCCACCGUCGCCGGCCUCGCCGUCCAUCCAGUACAGCAUCCUGAGGGAGGAGCGCGAGGCCGAGCUGGACAGCGAGCUCAUCAUCGAGUCGUGCGACGCGUCCUCAGCCUCAGAGGAGAGCCCCAAGCGGGAGCAGGACUCGCCCCCGAUGAAGCUGGGCGCCCUGGACGCCAUCCGAGAGGAGCCUGGCGCCCGGGCGGAGGAGCGCGCGCCCAGCCGGCGGGGCCAGGCCGAGCCGGGCGCCCUUGUCACGAUCCCCUCUGCUGCUUCCCGCACCGGCCCGGAGCUGCCCUCUGGGGACGGAGCCCCGCACCCGGCGCCCGAGGGGCCCGCAGCCCCGUGGAAACCUGCGGAAGAGGCGAAUUUCAACCAAAGCGCCGCGGCCGCAAAGGGCCCUGGGCUGCAAGGGCCUGGCGUCGGGCCCGCACUGCUGCUUCUCAGUAAGCAAAAAGCUAUUGACCUGCUGUACUGGCAGGACAUCAAGCAGACGGGGAUAGUGUUUGGGAGCUUCCUGCUGCUGCUCUUCUCCCUGACCCAGUUCAGCGUGGUGAGCGUCGUGGCCUACCUGGCCCUUGCCGCGCUCUCGGCCACCAUCAGCUUCCGCAUCUACAAGUCUGUUUUACAAGCUGUGCAGAAAACCGACGAGGGCCACCCUUUUAAGGCCUACUUGGAGCUGGAGAUCACCCUUUCUCAGGAGCAGAUUCAGAAGUACACCGACUGUCUGCAGUUCUAUGUGAACAACACGCUUAAAGAACUGAGGAGGCUCUUCCUUGUCCAGGACCUGGUGGAUUCCUUAAAAUUUGCAGUUCUGAUGUGGCUCCUGACUUACGUUGGCGCCCUCUUCAAUGGCCUGACCCUGCUGCUCAUGGCUGUGGUUUCAAUGUUUACUCUACCUGUAGUGUAUGUUAAGCACCAGGCACAGAUUGACCAAUAUCUGGGACUUGUGAGGACUCAUAUAAAUGCUGUUGUGGCAAAGAUUCAGGCUAAAAUCCCAGGCGCUAAAAGGCAUGCUGAGUAAACCGAAGUCCCACCGGGCACUGGACACAAACAGGAAUGUCUGGAGUGGUAACAGCUCUGUUCUUACAUGUUACUGCAAAUCGUUUCUCCCCCAGUACCAUAAUCUUAGAAACAAAUGUUAAAACAGCUGUUUUUAGGCUGUUCCUGUACUCUUAGGGUAUUUGAGUCACUUGUGUCAAGCACUAAAGUAUAGAGAAAAGUGUAUUAGAUGUGGUUUUUAAUUUCGUGUUACUAAAAAAAAGUGCAUGAUGGUGAGAGCCCAUUCCCUGUCCUCCCCCGUGUCCUCCCCCUCUCUCUGCAAUGCUCUGUAGCUUCUGACUUCCCCUGUGGCUACGCCUUUCCUGCCCAGUGCACUGAUGCGAUAGUGGAAACCGCUUCUAUGUCCCUGGGUUGCUGGUUGGAUUAAUCUUUAAUAACAAUAGAUAGAAUUGUAGACUAACGUUUUAGUGUUUUUCCAACGCAUACAACAUAAAAAUAAGAACAGCUGUCCAUACUUAUGGUUGUCAGUUUUGUAUAACUGAAAGUAAUUAAAUAAAUGAAUAAACCCCAAACAAACAGGCAGUACUUUGGUUGUGUGGUACUGAUGGGCCGAUCCACAUGUAUGGUAACUAAAAAGUACCAGCAUGUUAACUUUAUUACAAUUUGUAUUACCUUCUCUGUAGUUCCUAAUGGACUUAACUAUGGACUCUGGAUAUUUGCACUUAUGUACUUGAUACUGAAUGCAUAAAUAAAUGUUACUAAAAGUAGAAA